GUCCACCUUCUCCCUCUCAUCCUCCCAUUCUUCCUCCUUUUUCUCCCAUUUAUUUUCCAUCUUCAUUGGUUUAAUAGAUAUUUUUUUUGUUUUAAUUGCGUUUCUGUUACCCUUUUACUCUCCCUAAGCUCCUCAUCAUGCUGGGCGCUUUCCGCCGUUCCGGCGCCGUCCAUGCGCUGCGAGCUUCACGAUCUCUGCUGGCCAGAUCGAUUCCUCAGCAACCUCAAUGGCUCUCUGCUUCUGCACCGGCGGUCUCAUACGUCGCUCGCGCCCUCUACCAUCCGUCCCCGGCUUUUCUUGAUGCCACAGCAGCAGCUCAGGCGCAACUCAACGUCGCCGCCGACAUCGAGCCCCGGCUACCCAAUUCCAAGUUCCACAGCCUGGCACAAGACGGCCUGGUCAACGACAGACUGAUCCGGACCGUGACAAAUUCCAUGAAGAUUGAAACCAUGACCGAUGUUCAAGCUAAGACGAUCCGUGAAACACUGAGCGGCGAUGAUGUCUUGGCCCAGGCAAAGACCGGAACUGGAAAGACUCUUGCCUUCUUGAUCCCGGUCGUCCAGCGCCUUGUUAGUGAUCCGUCAGUCAAACGCUCGCGCCCCUCAUACCGUGGACAACAAGGGAGGAGAAACACGCCCGAUAUUCGGGCGAUUGUCAUCUCUCCGACUCGUGAGUUGGCGGAACAGAUUGCCCAUGAGGCACAGCGCUUGGUGUAUGGACUGGGUUUGACCGUGCAGACGGCAGUCGGCGGUACUCAAAAAAGAUUGCAUCUAAACAAGAUCCGGAACGAGGGCUGCAAUAUCUUGGUUGGAACUCCUGGUCGUCUGAAGGACCUUCUUUCCGAUCCGUACAGCGGUGUCACCGCGCCCCAGCUCCAAGCUCUCGUCUUCGACGAGGCUGAUCGCUUGCUGGAUGAUGGCUUCUCGCAAGAGAUCGGUCAGAUCAAGGACCUCCUGCCCAACCCGGAGGAGGUCGACCGCCAGACCCUGAUGUUCUCCGCCACCGUCCCAGGUGAAGUCAUGAACAUGGUGCGUCAGACUAUGAAGCCUGACUUCAAGUUCAUUAAGACUGUCUCGGAGGAUGAGGUGCCCACCCACUUGCGGGUGCCCCAGAAGGUCGUCUACCUGGAUGGCUUCCAGAACGGCUUGCCUGCUAUUCUGGAGCUGGCCAAGCAGGGUUACGUUAACUCCCCGAAUUUCAAGGCCAUUGUCUACCUGAACGCAACGACGAUGGUCUCGCUGGCCAACGACAUAUUCAGGCGGCUUCAGAAUGAUCCUGAGGACCGUACCAAAGGACACGCUCUUGGGCGCCUCCCUAUUCUCCAAAUCCAUUCGCGACUGACUCAGGCGCAAAGAACUCGUGUCACGAGUACUUUCCGCAACGCGCGCUCCGGCAUUCUCUUCUCUUCCGACGUAACCGCCCGUGGUCUGGAUUUCCCUGAUGUCACGCACGUCAUCCAAUACGGACUCCCCAGCGAGCGUCAGACUUACAUCCACCGCGUGGGGCGUACUGGCCGUGCGAACAAGGAAGGUGAGGGCUGGAUCUUGCUGCAUAACAACGAGAAGCGUGCCUUCAAACAGAUGUUGGGCGACCUGCCGAUCGAGGAGGAUCAGACCACGAUCCCCGUGGCGAAGGUCAACAUGCGUGAAGAGAUCGAGGAUGAUGGCUCAGAGACGAGCCGAACUCUACAACAAAUCAAAUUGGCCGCGCAGCAGGUUCCUAUCGACGAUCGCGUGGAGGCAUGGAAGUCCCAAACGGGUACCAUCAUAGGCAAACUCCAACCUCUGUCGGCGACCCUGCCUGCAAUGCAUGACCUGUCCAAGUACGGAUACGUGCUGCCCAAGCCUCCGCAUCUCCCUUCCAGAAUCCAACAAGCUUUGGAGAAGGGCGAUAGGCCUCCUCCAAGGUCCAACCGUGGUGGGCCCCGGGAUUCCUUCAGGUCCCGGGAUUCCUACAGGCCCCGUUCUAGCGGUGGCUAUAAUGACCGCUACCAACGCUCUUCAUCCCGCGACCGCGAGCCCCGCAACCCUUGGAACGAAAGAGGCUCCUCUCGCGGCCGUCGCGAGAGCCGCUCCUACAACCGCUACUGAUAAUUGGCGCUUGAGGCCAGGAUGCCAGGAUCAUUAACGUUCUUAGAUACCCUUCCUAUGAAACGCAGCCCUGCUAAAAUUGACCUUUGAAACCGGCUUGUUGUAAUAGUGCCGGAUAUCUAUUUGGGGAUGAACUUCUCCUUUCUCCUUCUUCUCAUUGUGAUCGGACUGCGUGCAAUGUUUCUUUUAAAAAAUGUGUUCGAUAUGUGAUCGGCUUGUAUACUACAUAACAGAUACCACGUGAAUAUGGCAUAGUCUCUACUCUAGAUACAAUAUACAUGUAUAAUAUGACAGAAAUCCCAACAUAUGACCCUAUCGCUAUCACUUCAUAGGACAUAGGAAACCAACUAGAAAAUGGUCUGCUUUCUAGUCCUUGUAAAGUGACCACUG